AUGUGCUUCGGCAAAGGCAAUAAGCAGGUUAACCACUCCUUUGGAACAUGUCAAGGAAAGAGGAUCUUCCCUCUUUAUCACCCCUUAACUUUGAUGGGACACACGUUCCUUCCCAUUAGGGGGGCACCCCACAGAGGGCCUGGAUACAACAUUAUGGAAGAUACUUGUGGCUUGGCAUACAACCUUACCAAGAUUCCCACCAGCAAAAAAGGAUAUUCUUGUGGAGCCAGAACCACCAUGAGAUUUAAACCAUUAAACAAGGAUGUGACACCUGACCCAGGCAAAUACCAGAGUAUACAGGAUCGAAAAUACAAACCGAAUUUUGCUCCAUUUAAUGUCUUGGUGCCUCGAUUUAGGACAUUUGCAAAGAAGAACACUUACCCUGGCCCUGGUACAUACAGUCCAGAGAUAAAGUCACCCUCCAAAAUCACCUGGCCAAUGAAAUUUGGAUCUCCAGAUUGGACUCAGGUUCCACAGCUACAGAGAAGAACUCUAAAAACUGAGCUCCCCACCGACAAAGAAUUUAGAAAGCAUCGAAACCGUAUGGCUUACCUAUGCAUGUAUUAUAAUUGAGGAUUUUUACUACAUUUGUGU